UGAAGGGGAGAGUGAAUGAAGGAGCGUCUGCCGAGGCCGGGCGCGCUGGCCGGGCCCCGCCACCGCCCCGGGACCCCGCGGAGUCCUCCGCACACCAGCGCAGCGCCGGAAGCGGCCGGGUCGGCCCCCUCCCCGCGGCGCCCGCUGCCUUAUCUCGGCGCCUCGGGGCCCCAGCAGGAGACGCGGGCACCCCGGGAGGGACGCAGCGGCGGCGGCAUGGGCCCGCGGCCCCGGCGCGGGGGCCGCCCGCCUCGCCGCCUGCCUCGCCGCCUGCUACCGCUGCUGCUGCUGCUCGGCCUGGCCCGCGGCGCGACUGGAACGCACGGCGCCGUCGACAUCUGUGCCACUUGCCAUGAACAUGCCACCUGCAAGCAACAAGAAGGGAAGAAGAUGUGUAUUUGCAAGUAUGGAUUUGUGGGCAACGGGAGGACUCAGUGUAUUGAUAAAAACGAGUGCCAGCUUGGGGCCACUGUGGUCUGUGGGAACCACACGUCUUGCCACAACACGCUCGGCGGCUUUUAUUGCAUUUGCCUAGAAGGAUAUCGAGCCACAAACAACAACAAGACAUUCAUUCCCAACGACGGCACCUUUUGCACAGACAUAGAUGAGUGUGAGGUUUCCGGCCUGUGCAGGCAAGGAGGACGGUGUGUGAACACUCAUGGGAGCUUUGAAUGCUACUGUCUGGAUGGACACUUGCCAGAGAGCGGGCCCGAGCCUUUCCACCCGACCAGAGAUACCACGUCAUGCAAAGAAAUAGACUGUGGCACCCCUCCCGAGGUCCCAGAUGCCUAUAUCAUAGGCAAUUACACUUCCAGGCUUGGCAGCCAGGUUCAUUAUGCUUGCAAAGAAGGGUUUUUCAGUGGCCCAGAAGAUACUGUUUCAAGCUGCACUGCCUUGGGCACAUGGGAGUCCCCAAAAUUAAAUUGCCAAGAGAUCCGCUGUGGCCGCCCUCCGGGAGGGCAGCACGUUCCUGGUGGGGGCCACGGCUGCAGCCGGGAUGGCCUGGCUCGCUGUGUCUGCCAAGAGGUUGAGAGUCCUGGAGGAAAGGUCACUUGUGUAUGCACAGAGAAAGGCACCUGGAGAGAAAGUACUCGGACACGCACAGAAAUCAUUACAGAAAUUAAUGCUCUGUCAGUGUUUAAUAACACCUGUGUGAGGUGGCAAAUAAACCCAGGAAGAAUAGACUCCGAGAUCGUGUAUGUGAUACACAUACAAGGACACCGGGCGGACCCUAUGGAAUCAGUUCACGAGGAGACAGUCAACCUGACCACAGACAGCAGGACUCCAGCAGUGUGCCUAGACCUGCACCAAGGCACCAACUACACCGUGAGCGUUUCCACUGCCCCUCCCAGACGCUCUGUGCCAGCCCUCAUUGGGUUGCAGACAGCAGAAGAUGAUCUCUUAGAAGAUGAUGGAAUUUUCAAUAUCUCAAUAUUUAAUGAAGCUUGUUUGAAAUUGAACAGGCAUUCUAGGAAAGUUGGAUCAGAACAAAUAUACCAAGUUAAAAUUCUGGGCCGAAGGGGGUAUCUGCAUGAUUUUUAUCACGCCACAUCAUUGAAUUUCACAACCGGGGAACAAGCUUUGGAAGUGUGUUUAGACCUGUACCCGGCAACGGAUUACACGGUGAAUGUCACCCUGCUGGGGUCUCCUGAGCCACACUCGGUGCAAGUAGUGAUAACCACCGCACCGGCAGUUAAACAGACCAUCAGUAACAUUUCAAUAUUUAAUGAAACCUGCUUGAGAUGGAGAAAUAUGAAGAUAGCUGGUAUACAGGAAAUGUAUUUACUCCACAUUCAGGGUCAGAGAUGGUAUCAGAAGGAAUUUGCUCAUGAAAUCAUCUUUAAUAUCACUACCAGCAGCCAGGCUCCUGUUACGUGUUUGGACCUGCGUCCGGGUACCAACUACAGUGUCAGCCUUCAGGCGUGGUCUUCUGCACGUCCCGUGGCCAUCUCUCUGACAACCCAGAUAACAGAGCCUCCCCUUCCAGAAGUAGAUUUUUUCACAGUACACGGAGGGCCUCUCCCACGCCUGAAACUGAGGAAAGCCAAGGAGAUCAAUGGGCCUAUCAGUUCCUAUCAGGUGUUAGUGGUUCCCCUGGCUGUCCAAAGCACAUUUUCCUGUGAUUCUCAAGGGGCUGCCUCGUUCUUUAGCAAUGCUUCUGAUGCCAGUGGAUACGUGGCUGCGGAACUUCUGGCCAGAGCUGUUCCAGAUGAGGCCACGGAGAUAUCUGUUGGAGACAGGCUGUAUUAUGGGAAAUAUUAUAAUGCACCCUUGAAAAUAGGGAAUGAUUAUUGCAUUAUAUUACGAAUCACAAGCGAAUGGAAUAAGGUGAGAAGAUGCUCCUGUGCAGUUUGGGCUCUGGUGAAAGAUUCGUCGUUCACGCUGCAGCAGGUGGUAGGCGUUGGGCUGGGCUCCCUGGCUGUUGUGAUUGUCCUCGCGUUCCUCUCCUUCUUAGCAGUGUGAUUGCAAGUGGGUGCUACGUGUGACGGAUGCACUGCUGCUGGGGCAGAUGGUAUGAAAGCUUCUCAGGUGCCUGCAGAGAGCACCUUCCAUCCAUGUGUGUGGGGGAGGCUUGCAG